ACCGCAUGCGCAGUACGAAAACCGGUUCACAAGCUUACCGAACUGGCGAAAUGCCAUCAAAUGCCUGAUAAACUUGACAGAAUUAGGUGAGGACUUUAGAAUUAUUUGAUGAACAAAAACUGAGCGGCCUACCUAUGUAGCCUUCAACGAAGUAUUGGACCAGUCUGACUAGAACCACGACAGGCGCUUUCUGGCGGCGGGUUGGCAAUGCAACCACCGCUGCCUCCCGCCGCGGCCCGUGAGCUGGUGAGGUCGUGCCUGCAGCGGGACCCCGUGGCUGCGGACCUGCGCCUGAGCCUGUUCAUGGCCGCCGUGCAGAGCUACAAGAGGGACUCAAUGCUCAGGCCCUUCCCCCCCCUCUAUCUGGCAGGAGACAACAAAGACUUUGAAGCGCUGCUGAAGGAUGCCAGCUCGCUGCCUGGCGUGCGGGAGCUGGUUCGUCUGAGAGCGGGUGAGGGCGAUGCCCACCUGGCUCUGGCUCACUGGGUUCUCUCCUCCAAGGGCUUCGCCGUCAAGACGCUGCAGAAGGAGGAGUAUGCCAGGCUUUCUAACCUGACAGAGAGCGCUGGGAUCUCUGGUCCGGUGCCUGACUUCCUGUUUGAGGUGGACUACUGUGAGCAGAUGAACUCUAAGUUUGAGAAGACACGCGACGGCCGUGACCUCAUCUACGCCUUCCACGGCAGCCGGCUGGAGAACUUCCACUCCAUCAUCCACAACGGCCUGCACUGUCACCUCAACAAGACGUCGCUGUUUGGAGAAGGCACCUACCUGACCAGUGACCUGAGCAUGGCCGUGCUGUACAGCCCCCACCGCAGCGGGUGGCGCCAGAGCCUCCUGGGGCCACUGCUCAGCUGCAUCGCCCUCUGUGAGGUGAUCGACCACCCCGACGUCAAGUGCCAGGUGAAGAAGAAAGACUCAGAGGGCGUAGACCGGCAGCGGUUGCGAGCCAGGAACAGCGAGGGAGGGGACGUGCCGGAGAAGUACUUUGUUGUGACCAACAACCAGCUGGUGAGAGUCAAGUACCUGCUGGUCUACUCCCAGAAGCGUCAAAGAACCAGACAUUCGGCUGUUCCCUCGUGGCUAGUCCGCCAUCACUUCUUCAUCAUGAUGACCCUCUACCUGCUGCUCCUCAUCCUCAUUGGUGCCUUCAACUCCUCUGCAUUCCAGUCCUUCUGGCACCGAACCUUCCGAUGACACUGACCAGUCCACACACACACAAUACACCCACACAUAUAUACACACUGCUAAAACAAAACACAUUACACACACACACAUAAUAUAUAUGCUCUACACACACA